UCAAAUUUUUUUUUCAGAUGUAAGGUUAAUAAUUACUUUUUUAGGAUAUUUAUGAUUAUCCUUAUUGAUAAAUAAUAUAAUUGCGAUGGGGACCUUUAAUGAAUAUAUUAAAAACGUGUUUCCAUCAAUUGACGAGGAUUUGAGGCAAUAUGUCGAAGGUGUUUUGGAGAAUGGUGCUGAUGAUUUUGAAGACAGCGAUGAAGUUUAUGAAGCAGUCGGAGAAGUUCUCCAUGAAAUUUCCUCGGAUAAAACUGAAGACGACAUAAAGAAUAUAUGCAAUGAACUAUUAAACAUGCUAAGACCAGAAAGGAGUGCGAAGAGCAACGGUUCUCUAAAAAUUCUUGAUGGUCCAAUUCAUUUAGGGUCAAUUGCUGAUAAUGCAGGGUCUAAUGUUGAAGAAAUAAAAAGUAUUUGGGUAGCACAGAGAGAUGAUACAUUGAAAGUAAAUGCAAAAAAAUUGGAGAAAGCAGAAGCCAAAUUACAGGAAAAGCAAGAAAAACGGGGUAAGGAAAUAAGGACUGUUGCAGCUCCAAAACUGCAAACAGCUUCAGCAUCUCAAGUUAUUAAUAAAAAGGAAAGUAAACUGGAGGCCAAGGGAAAUAAUAGGGCACAAGAUAUUAGAAUAGAAAAUUUCGAUAUUGCUUAUGGAGACAGAGUUCUUUUACAAGGAGCAGACUUGACUCUAGCUUAUGGAAGGAGGUACGGUCUUGUAGGAAGAAAUGGACUAGGAAAAAGUACCUUACUAAAAAUGAUAUCGUCAGGAAAUUUAAAAAUACCAUCCCACAUAUCAAUUCUUCAUGUUGAACAAGAGGUUAUUGGUGAUAAUACGAUAGCCUUAGACAGUGUUUUAGAAUGUGACACAGUGAGACAAAGUUUAUUGGAAAAAGAAAAGCAAAUUAGUGCUGCUAUAAAUUCAGGGUCCAAUGAUCCUGAUCUUAACACACAACUUUCAGAAGUUUAUGUUCAAUUACAAAACAUUGAGGCUGAUAAAGCUCCAGCUAAAGCGUCAAUUAUACUUAAUGGUUUAGGUUUUACCCCACAAAUGCAACAGAAUGCUACAAAAACCUUCUCGGGUGGUUGGAGAAUGAGAUUGGCAUUAGCUAGGGCAUUGUUUUCUCGGCCAGAUCUUCUGUUACUAGAUGAACCUACGAACAUGUUGGAUAUCAAAGCUAUAAUUUGGUUAGAAAAUUACUUGCAAAAUUGGCCUACCACUCUUUUGGUAGUGUCUCACGACCGUAAUUUCCUAGAUUCUGUACCUACAGAUAUCUUACACCUCCACUCUCAAAGAAUAGAGGCGUAUAGGGGAAAUUAUGAACAAUUUGAAAAAACUAAAAACGAGAAAAUGAAAAAUCAACAAAGAGAAUAUGAGGCGCAAUUACAGCAAAGGCAACAUGUGCAAGAAUUUAUUGACAGGUUUAGAUAUAAUGCAAACAGGGCUGCUCUAGUCCAAUCAAAAAUAAAGAUGUUGGAAAAAAUGCCUGAGUUGAAACCAAUAGUUAAAGAACCAGAGGUAGUAUUAAGGUUACCGGAAACUGAACCUCUGUCUCCCCCCAUUCUACAACUGAACGAAGUUACGUUUUAUUAUAGUAAAAAUAAAAUUAUUUUCUCCGAUGUAAAUAUAGGCGCGACCAUGGACUCUAGGAUUUGUAUAGUUGGUGAUAAUGGUGCAGGUAAAACCACGCUCCUAAAAAUCAUAAUGGGAAUUUUAAGCCCGAGCGCGGGAACAAGGCAUGUUCACAGGAAUCUUAAAUUCGGAUAUUUUAGUCAGCACCACGUAGAUCAGUUAGAAAUGAAUAUGAACUCGGUAGAGUUUUUGCAGCAGCAGUAUAGAGGUAAACCUAUAGAAGAAUAUAGACGUCAGUUGGGUAGUUUUGGAGUCUCUGGAGAUUUAGCAUUACAAACUGUAUCAAGUUUAUCUGGUGGACAAAAAUCAAGAGUUGCUUUUGCCAAUAUGUGUAUGGGUAGACCAAAUUUUUUAGUUCUUGACGAACCUACAAAUCAUUUAGAUAUUGAAACCAUCGAAGCACUGGGGAAAGCUAUUAACAAAUAUACAGGUGGUGUAAUAUUAGUUUCUCACGACGAAAGACUAAUUCGAAUGGUAACUAAUGAGUUAUGGGUGUGUGGAAACGGGUCAGUUAAAAGUAUAGAAGGUGGAUUCGACGAAUACAGAAAGAUAGUUGAACAGGAACUUGAAGCAGCACAGGCAAAGUAACUGAACAGUGUAUAUUUUAAUAUUUAUUUUAAAAGCAUACAGUCUGGUUGUCCUGUAAUUUUAUUUGUGGAAAAGAGCAAAGCUUAUUUGAAACAUUUCAAGAGUUAUAUAAAAUAAUUAAAAAAAUGCAUUUAUUAUAUGUAACUCUUCUGUGCACUGUGAUUUAUCUCAUAGUGUUUUUUAAGUUUUGAUUAUUCAUAUACCACAAUAAAUUAAUGUGCCUACAACUUGUUUGCUGAACUUCAAGAUUAUAAUUAAUUAAUAUAUAGAAAAGAUUUAUCUGAUUUAAAUAUCUAUUUAUCUUAAAGUUUGUCAAAUGGGAAGUAUUCAAAUUUAUUUACUACUUUGUUUUAUGUUAUAUUUGUAUAUAUAAAUGUAACAAUACAAAAAAAUAAAUUA